AGGACUGCUCACACACUCACUCAAACAUCGAUUUGUUUAGAUCUCUCUCUCUUUGUUUUGUUCCAUUUUUUUUUUCUUUUCAUUUCUAGGGUUUCAAUUUCAAUGGCUUCUCUUGCAUUCUUCAGAAAACCCCUUCUUCUAUCUUUCAAUUUCAUAUCUCAUGCCACUUCUUCCAUUAACAACAAUGCAUCUUCUCUUGCUUCUCUCCAGAGAUCCAUGGCCACGGCCACCUUCGAACGGACAAAGCCCCAUGUUAAUGUUGGCACUAUUGGUCAUGUGGAUCAUGGAAAAACCACACUAACUGCUGCAAUUACAAAGGUACUAGCUGGUGAAGGUAAAGCCAAGGCCAUUGCUUUUGAUGACAUCGACAAGGCUCCCGAGGAAAAGGCGAGAGGAAUUACUAUUGCUACAGCUCAUGUUGAGUAUGAGACAGAAAAGAGGCAUUAUGCCCAUGUUGAUUGCCCAGGGCAUGCAGACUAUGUCAAGAACAUGAUAACUGGAGCUGCACAAAUGGAUGGUGGAAUUCUUGUGGUUUCUGCUGCAGAUGGCCCAAUGCCUCAAACAAAGGAGCAUAUACUCCUUGCUCGUCAGGUUGGUGUGCCAUCACUGGUCUGCUUUCUAAAUAAAGUAGAUGUUGUUGAUGAUCCAGAUUUACUUGAACUUGUUGAAAUGGAGCUUCGCGAACUACUUACUUUCUACAAAUUUCCUGGAGAUGAGAUUCCAAUUGUGAGAGGUUCAGCUCUGCAUGCCUUGCAAGGGACUAAUUAUGAACUUGGAAAGAAAGCUAUCUUGGAACUAAUGGAUGCUGUGGACGAAUACAUUUCUGAACCCGUGCGACAGCUUGACAAACCUUUUUUAAUGCCAAUAGAAGAUAUUUUCUCUAUUCAGGGGCGUGGAACUGUUGCCACUGGUCGUGUUGAACAAGGUACUAUCAAAGUUGGUGAAGAGGUUGAGAUACUAGGAUUGAAACAGGGUGAACCUUUGAAGACUACUGUAACUAGUGUGGAAACAUUUAAGAAAACUAUGGAUAAAGGAGAAGGUGGUGAUAAUGUAGGACUUCUUCUACGAGGUCUUAAGCGUGGUGAUGUGCAGAGGGGAAUGGUUAUCGCCAAGCCUGGUACAUUGAAAACAUAUAAGAAGUUUGAAGCAGAAAUUUAUGUCCUCUCAAAAGAUGAAGGUGGCCGUCAUACUGCAUUUUUCUCUAACUAUAUGCCUCAAUUUUACCUGAAGACUGCAGACAUUACCGGAAAGGUUCAAUUACCUGACGAUGUCAAGAUGGUUAUGCCUGGUGAUAAUGUGACUGCAACUUUUGAGCUGAUGUUACCUUUUCCUCUUGAACAAGGACAAAAAUUUGCUUUUAGAGAAGGAGGCCGGACAGUUGGACAAGGAGUUGUCUCCAAAGUGCUUUCCUAGAAUCGUGAUCUUGAGUCCACAAAGUUUUUGUCCAGUAAUUUGUAAUUAAGUCGCGAAUAGGGAUUGAGACCAGCAUGCAGAGAGGAAUCUAUAAUUCGACUAUUUUUGACACUUGAUGUGUCGGUUCCAUUUGAAUAUGUUUGUUUUAUCUGUCUGAGAAUUAUAAUAGUAGAUUUAGAUAUUUGGAUAAGGGUUAAA